CAAAAGGCCAGUUAAACAUGUCAAACUUUGUUCAAGAUUUUGAAGAAGAUGAACAUCACAGCACUGUCAUCUCACAGUCGUCUAAUGAGAGUCCCAAUCCUAUUGAACAUCCUAUCACCACAAGUUCAAAGAAGAAAAGGAAUCUUCCAGGGAAUCCAGAUCCUGAUGCGGAGGUGGUAGCACUGUCUCCAAGGACGCUAAUGGCAACCAACAGGUACAUAUGUGAGGUGUGUCAUAAAGGAUUUCAACGAGAUCAGAACCUUCAGCUGCAUAGAAGAGGGCAUAACUUGCCUUGGAAACUGAAGCAACGAAUAAAUACAGAGGUUAAGAAAAGGGUUUAUGUAUGUCCUGAGCCGAAUUGUGUUCAUCAUCAUCCGAGCCGGGCUUUAGGCGACUUGACUGGCAUUAAGAAGCAUUUCUGCAGGAAGCAUGGAGAAAAGAAAUGGAAAUGUGAUAAGUGCUCUAAAAGAUAUGCUGUCCAAUCGGAUUGGAAGGCACACGCCAAGAUCUGUGGCACCCGAGAAUAUCGUUGCGACUGUAGCACAAUUUUUUCGAGGAAGGACAGCUUCGUCACACAUAGAGCCUUCUGCGAUGCAUUAACAGAGGAAAAUUACAAAGUGAACCGUAACCAUGGUGCCAUUGGAGGAUCAAUUUUGCAGAAGCAAGCAGACGAGACAAUGUCCAUUUCUGACAACACAAAGAUGAAUCUGUCGAUUGGAAAUGAGAGCAUGGACAGCUCACAGAGGCUAUUGUCUUUGAAGUCUACCGGGAUCAUGAAUACCUCCAGCAAUUUGGAUCAAAUUUUCAAUCCAACAACAUCCCUGGCUUCUACACUUGCGAUGGGGUCUGCUUAUACAUCUGCAACAGCCUUGUUACAGAAAGCUGCACAAAUGGGUGCUAAGAUUAGUGAUAAUACAAUCGCCCCAAUCCUACUCAGAGGUUUUACUGGAUAUUCAACCAGUAACAUGAACUCAUCUGACUCAGUCCAUGACGGUUCGAAUGGCGCCGGUACCAAUGGUUUGUAUGUGGGAGAAGAAACAUCUCACAAUCCUCUUGCUCCAACUGCGUUGUUCGACUCUCAUUUUCUACAGGCAGAGAAUGGGAAAGCUGCAAACCUGUUGGGACAAGUGUACAUGGAAGGUGGACAAAAACUUACAGUUGAUUUCUUAGGUGUGGAACCAACAGGGCAUCAGAAUGUGGAUAACGAAAGAAACUAUGACGGAAACAUAAUGAACUUGGGCUACUCCAACGCGCAGGAAGGGCUGAAAAAUUUACGUGCUAACUGGUAAACUGCUGAACUAGUUCCAGCCUUUAAGUUAUUAGUGAUGAUGUAGUAAUUGCACCACUUUUUCAUCAAGGAGCGAUCUCAUUUCAAUUUUUGGUUUAACAUAAUCGGAAACAUAUAGCCAUGCUAAUCAAA